UGAAAUCUUGAGGGUGUGUGUGUGUGUGUAGUAAGAGGCUCAGACUUUUGCCACCAUGCUGGCUCUGUCCAGAUGUUCAGCGGCUUUGAGCUGGAGGCUUCCCCUGCGUUGCUCUGCCCUCCGUCUGGCGAGCCGCUCCGUCACAGCCGGCCCUCAGUUUCUAAAGAGCCAGACUGCUCAGUUUCACCAAAGCAAAGCCAGAGCAAGUCCUGAUCCAAACAAGAUCACCUCAGUGUCCGGUUUGGAGGGGGGCCUGAUUGAGAUGGGGAUGUGGUCCCUGGGCAUCGGCGCUGUCGGAGCGGCCCUGGCUGGGAUCUUCCUGGCCAACACUGACAUGUGUCUUCCUAAAGGUGCAAGCGCAUCGCUGGAGCACCUCGAAGACGCCGAUCUGCGUUCCACCACAGACGAUGGGAAGGUUAUAAAAGCGAAGAGCCUGUGGGAGAAGAAUGGAGCGGUGGUCAUGGCCGUACGGCGGCCUGGAUGAUUUUUGUGCAGAGAGGAGGCCUCUGAGCUGUCCUCUCUGAAGCCCCAGCUAGAAGAGCUCGGGGUCCCUCUGGUUGCCGUGGUGAAAGAGAACGUCGGCUCAGAGAUCCAGGACUUCAGACCGCACUUCGCUGGGGACAUCUACGUAGAUGAGAUGAAACAUUUCUAUGGACCACUGCAGAGAAAGAUGGGAGGGCUAGGCUUCAUCCGGCUUGGGGUGUGGCAGAACUUUAUUCGGGCCUGGAGGUCUGGUUACCAAGGUAACAUGCUCGGUGAGGGCUUCAUCUUGGGAGGAGUGUUUGUCAUCGGACCAGGAGAUCAGGGAAUCCUCCUGGAGCACAAAGAGAAGCAGUUUGGUGACAAGGUGGACACAGCAGACGUCCUAAAGGCGGCACAGAAAAUUGUUCCAGUGAAAUAGAAUGUUGAUUUCAAUCAGAGCUAAAAUGAACAAAUAAUUCUACUUUGAGUUGCGAUUAGUGUCUGUUUACGUUGGCUAAUAUGGCAAUAUACCUCCAAGUAAUUUGCUGUUCGAUAUGAAAUUGAAUUUGAAGGCACAGGACAGAAUGAAUGUUUAUUACAGAUAUGUUUUUUUUGUAAUUAUAGAUAAUCAGAGUAAAGUACUUUCUUUCAGAUACAUUAAGAUUCAGGUAGAGCGAUUAUAAAACAAAGCAUCGCUUAAAAAAGAUCCAAACUACUUAUUGCAAUCUAAAGGCUUGAUGUCAUAUUGAAGUGUGAUGUUUAAUUAUCAGUCCGUCAUAUGUAACUGGUAUAGUUGUCAUGUCUUUAACAUGUUAAAGCUUAACUUGUCCGUCCUUGUCCAGCACCUGGAACAUCCUCGGUCAUUGCAGACAGCAGUGUCUGGUCUGUGUGUGUGAAAUAAUGACAACUUGACUCUAAACUCAGUGCAGAGAGGAGCAGGUUUGAUGCCCCCCCCACACACACACAGGUUCAGCUGCUGUCAUUGUGCUGGGGAGUGUUCGAGGCUCUUCAAGCAGGUUUUAUUUUACUUGUACGAGUGUGUUUUCGUGCAUGAGCGAGAAAUGUACUGUUUGUACCUGGACACGUGCUUCCAAUCUGUAGAUGAAUAAAUCAUCACUAUAACCCA